UUCAAAGGAAUGAAGAUAUGCUCCUGAUGACCAACGAAAUUACGAACUGCUGUCUUCAAUGUCCUGAUAUCCAACUUUCUCCAGACCAUCUCUUCGACUGUCCUGCUAUUUUGGCCAAGCUCUUCAGUAUAGAUAUAGCUCCCUAGCAUCAACUCCUUUAUUCUUCUAUAAGAUCAUUAAUGUUGCUGCGGCUGUUCUGGAAACUUUCGGUUCUGUUAGACUUCGCUGCACUGACUCCUUUGACAAGACAACAACAACAAUCAUUCAUCUUGUAAAAGAGGACGAGGAUUUUUUUCCUUUGAAGCUUUCAAAUCUCAUAAUAGCUACACUUUUUAAUAUUAGAAUUGUAAUAUCCCAUAAAAGAAUUAUAAAAUUAAUUUUCCGGCUGAAGUCUUCAUAAAAGUAGCGUUUCGAAAGCAAGAAAAAAUACUACUACUACUGCUUCUGUAUUGAUAUUUUGAUCAAGCUUUAGUAGAUAUCAUUUGACAUUUCGAAACCAUCAGUAUGAUCAUAAAAAUUUUAAGUACCUCAGCUGUAGUUAUAUUAAGCUUAUUCGUACUUCGUAAAUAUCGAGAGUAUACUUGGGGAAAGUGCAGAAGCAAAAAGUCUAUGAAAAACAAGACCGUUAUAAUCACUGGUGCGAAUUCAGGUAUUGGCAAAGCAACUGCUUUAGAACUUGCAAAACGUGGUGCAAAAGUUAUAUUGGCUUGCCGGGAUCAGGAAAAGGCUCAAAAAGCAUUGAUAGAAAUAAGAUCAAAAUCAAGAAGUGGCGUUCUAAAAGUCCUACAGCUAGAUCUUGCUUCGUUUGAUUCCAUAAAGAAAUUUGCCAAAGAAUUCUUGCGUAGCGAAGAUAGAUUAGAUGUUCUGAUUAAUAAUGCUGGAAUAUUUCAGUGUCCUUUUAUGAAGACUAAUGAUGGGUAUGAAAUGCAGUUUGGCGUUAAUCAUUUGGGGCACUUCUUAUUGACCAAACUUUUAUUAGAGAAGUUGAAAGAAUCCGCACCGUCACGUAUAGUAGUUGUCUCUUCGGCUCUUUACAAGAGAGGCGAAAUAGAUUUUGAGAAUUUGAAUUCUGAAGUCAAAUAUGACAAAAUGCAAGCAUAUAAAAAUAGCAAAUUGGCAAAUGUUCUUUUUUCAUGUGAACUGUCCAGACGGCUUCAAGGAACUGGAGUUUCUGUAUAUACAGUUAGCCCUGGUAUGGUGUGGACAAAUUUAGGCCGACAUGUUUCAAUCAGUUGGUGGAAAAUUGUUGCAUUAGCUCCUGUUGCGUGGUUCUUCAUCAGAACGCCAUAUGAGGGCUGUCAGACAGUUCUUCACUGCGCAGUUUCUGAAGAAGUUGAAAGUGAAAGUGGAUUUUAUUACAGAAAUUGUCAAAAAGAGCCUAUAGCUGAUGUAGCUUCUGAUCCUACAUUGGCACGGAAGCUUUGGGAUGUAUCUGAAGAAUUUUGCCAUUGAAUAAUUAAAAAAAUUGCUUUAAAUAUGUCAUCCAUGCUAAAAGCUUCAUGGUGAUGAAGAAGGCUCUGUAUAUACGAGUAAUGACAUUAUAUAUAAUAAUGCAUGAAGAAUAGUAGUGCGAUUUUUUGUUUUAUUUUUCAUCAGUCAAUCAAUAGAUAAUAACGAGCACUGUCUGAGAUUACCAUUAAUAAUUCCAGAUAAUUCUAUAUGUACGUUAUCCGAGGUUGUCAUAAAGAAGUAUAGUUCAAUACCGAUGUUUGUUUAUGUUCUUAUGAAUAUUAGAGGUGGUCACCUUGAGAAACUUCACAAUAUUUGAAAAAGAAUGAAUUGCAUGAUUAUCAUUAGAUAUGAAAAGGUGUUCUAAUAUUUGAAUUAAUUUAAAAUUUUAUUCUGGCUUAAUUUUUAUUUUGUCAUAAAUUUGUGUGAAAACUUCAUGUUUCACUUAUAGUUAGUUAGCUUUAUGAUAUGAUAUUUAAUUAGUAGAAAAUUGUAUAUUUUGCUGACUAGAAAACUAAUUAUUUCUACUUAGCUCUGAUAUUAGUAAACUGAGCAUUUUAAAUGAAGUGUAGAAGUGCUUUUAAGACUUAUUGCCAUGUUAAGGUGUUUUACUACAUGUUGCAGAUUUAGUGGGAACAAUUAACAUCUAGUGUAUUUCCUUCUUUUGAGCUGGACUGUUUAUUAAAUAGCUUCAAAAUGGUCAUGUUAGUGAGAAACGUGAAUAAGAAAUUAAUGCACGAAACAUACAUUUUGAUGAAAUUUUCAUUAUUGUCAAGAAAUGGUAAUGAUUUUUAGUUAGUGUUAACUAGUCUCAGAAAUGUGCAUGAUUGUGAUUAUAUAAGAUAAAACUGCUAAAUGAAAUAAUUAUGAAGAUCAGUUACAUAUUAAUUAAUUCUUUUAUUUCUAUAGCACUGUUCAUGAUUACAUGCCAUAAAGUGUGUUUUGCCAUUGUAACCUCAUAAAACCAUUUGGGUGUACGAUACCUAAACAAGUUGUACAAUAAAUCCCUGAUAUGGUCUGUCUUUAUCCCCCCAAGCAGAUUGUGGGUGUUUCCAGAUUUCAGUAUAGUUUUCCAGGAUGUUUCCAGAUUUUCAGUAUAGUUUAUUUUAAGCUUGGGAGGGAAAGAUAGCUACUGUUUUCAUGAUCUGGUAAACCUCAGUGAGUUAUGUUUAUGAAAUUGAGGGGGAGAAAGAGCUAUGACAAAACAAGCAAGAUUAAAUUCACAGUUAACAAGAAAUUGCUAUGAUAAUGUAUGAUCUUGCUAACUAGUUUGAUGUUUAUCGGUGACUUAGAGAAAACAACUUGUAAGAAUAACAUAUAUUAGUUAAUAUGUGAGUGAAUAAUAUAAGAUGUUGGUGUUAAAAAAGUCCAUUCUAUUAAAAUUUUAAAUUAUGAUCUUUAAUGAUUUGAAAUAUUUAAUAACACUUAAUGUUACAAAAUCUACAGGGAUUCAGCAUAUGAAAUUGAUUAAAAAUAGGAAAAUAUGGAAGUAAUCAGGGUUAUCCAUGUUAUCAAGAAUAUGGACUCAAAAUUUAAGGAGACUGAAGUACCUUCAAAGCUUAUUCUUUGUUUCUUUAUACUUAUAUGUAGUGUAUUCUGUACUUGAAAUCACUUCAUUUCCUGAAUGAUGCACAUGUAGGAUUUUUAGCUAAUGUAUUAGUAUAUUUGAAACAUUUUAGAAAACAGAAAUCUGUGCCAGUAUGAAAUAAAGCACACCUCACACUACAAUUAUUCUCAAUCAUAAAAUUUUCAGAAAUUCUGAAGUUAAUAUGUGGCUUAACUUUUAGGCUGAAAUAACUGAUUUAUCUGUAACUAACUUUUAUAAAAUAAAUUGUUUGUACCUCAACAAUCAGAUUUUGAUCUUUUUCUCCAAAAUUGUUCUACAAGGACAUAUAAACUUCCAAGUUUUGAAAAUAUUUGCAGUCAUAAUUGUUUUUCCUUCUGUAAGAAAUGAAAAUGUUUAAUGCUGUCAAAAUUGUUUGUGCUUAUCAAUUUGUGAAACAGUUUGUACUUUAGAAUGUGAAAAUUCAGUUCCAUUGUUCAAAGAACGACGAGAUUAAAUUAUAUGUGUGAAUAUCUUUUUUAAUUUCAGAAGUAUUCAAAUUUUUACUGUGAAAACACUAAUUUUACUGAGCAGAACAAAGGCAAGGAUUUGUUAUGAUUUAAUGAAAAUUAUGCAAGUAUUACUGAAUAUGAGCAAAAGAGACCCAUUUACAUUUUACGUUUUCUAGAAAGGAUAAAAUUGGGCUAGAGUUGUAAUUAUGUUUAGAAAUUAUUUAGCAGCUUUAUGAAGCAAUUAAAAAUUUUAUUCAGUAGAAACAAAAUAUUUGUUAUGAAAAGCUAUAUAUCUUUUCUUGUUUGAAUGCAUUAUUUUAAAUCUUUUAGGCUACUUCAUUUAUUGAUUAGUAUAUGAUGAUUGAAAGCAGAGCACAGAAUCCCAGUUUGUAUCAUAUAUUAACAGGUAUGACGUCUGCAUUUGCCAAGCAUACUGUUUAAAUUGCAAUCAAACUAUCCCCAAGGAGAAAUAUCUGAGAAUCUUCUGUUCUUUCUCUGCAACUAACCACAUGAAAACAUUUUUAAGCUGACAGAUUGUUAUGUGCAUCUGAUCUGUGUGGACACAACAGUCACAGACAUUUAAAUUUCACCUGGUGCUUUGGCCUGGUAGCUGUCCCUGCUGACUUCCUUACUGUGUAAGCAUUUAUAUGUUUGUAGAUAGCCAUUCACUAUGUAAGUCACUGUACUGCAUUAUUUUUUCAUAGUUGGCUCAUAAAUUAAGAGAAUUAUUUCUGUAAAAGCACAGAUGGGCCUUUGUGUAGAAUCUUUAAAGAAAGUGUUUAUAUUUAUAUUACAUCUUGGGUAAACCUUAAAAGCAUAUAUUACACCUUAGGAAAACCUUAAAAGCAUGCAUUCAGAUAGUUUGUUUUAUCAAUGAUAGUUGAAAUUAAGAUAAAAAACUAUUAGUGUUGUAUGGCUUUAACUAAUUGGGCACCAAUAGAUUAAACUUCUGAGCUGAUCCAGUCAUGAGAUUUUUUGUGAUUAUAUAUAUAUUAGCAUAUAAUGAAAUAUAUUUUGAUUUCUUACUUUUUUAAAUAAUAUAAAUGUCAUCUUGAUGAAUGUAUGUUCAUGAAAAUGGAGACUAAGUAAUUAUACAAAUUUAACUAAUAAAUGCUAUUUAAAUUCAGGUCUCAUGACAGAUCCAAAAACCUGCACCGCUCAGAGGUUUGCAUAUUGACCGCAUAUUGGUGUCAUUUAUGUUUCAGUUGUCAAAAAUUUCUGUAUGAGUAGCUUAUGUAAGCUUUGUGUUAAGUAGCUAUAUAAAGAUAUGGAUAUAAAUGAAAGUGCAAACAAAAGUUUAACCUACAUCAUUACAAACUGUUUAAUGUUAAAAAAUGUAUCUUCAUUUCUCCAGUACAAAAUGAAGUACUACAGGAAAAAGUAGGUGGGACAUAAGAACCUCACCAAAUGGUCUCACAGGUAUAGUCUCACCAUAUUAAUUACACAGUUUCAUCCCAGUUUUGAUGUAGUACACCCUAAGGACAAAUUUGAGGGUCUCCCAUUCCUCUUCUUCUACCAAACCACUCGAGAGGACUUUUUGCUCACCAAUAUUUUAAGUGCCCCAUGCCUUCUCCCAGAUUUGAAUCUGAACCUCAUAAUAUGAUAUGCCAACCAGCAUCGCUAACCAACAUGCCAAUAAGAAUGGAAAUAAGGUAUUGCAUUCUGCUGCAGUUAAAAAAAAAAUGGUUAGCAGUUCUUCAUAUUUUACCAUAUCACCAGUGUCACAAUCAGUAUAUGCUAAGUUGCAUACACUUUAAAAAAAGCUUAGAGUAUUAAGCUCUAAAUUGCAGCUACUAAUAUAACAUUUCAUGAUUCUUCAUCUGUCCUAUUUUUGCUGUCUGUAAGAAUAUUAAAUUUUCAUUGACAACUGUCAGUAGCCAUUUGAUGUGAUCAAAAUGUAUUUUUACUGCAUGUUUGACAAUUUUAUAUUUGCCUGCUGAAAAUAAGAAUGUAUUCCUAAAAAGUGAUUUUUCACUAUUUUAUAUACUCAGUUAAGUGCUCAGGGAUUGGGCUGAUACUCUAGAGCAAGAACUCUAUGCAUGUAGUAAAGAAAUACUGUGGGAAGAGGGUAUAGUUGCAUAUUUAUGGGCAGAAAUCUAUUCAAGUUUUUUUUCAAAAUAAGUUCUCAAAUAUAUUUCAAACUAAGUUUAUUCUAGUCAUGAACAUUUUUUAGUAUCUAAGAAACCAUUAUUUUUUUUAAAAAUUAUUCUCAUUUGUUAUUUCCUUCAGCAGUAUCAUUAAUGGUCCAUUGUGUUAGUUUAUUUUUUUAUUUUAAAAGAAGCUAUCUAUUUUUUAAAGAACUGCUUUUGAAUGAGUUAUAUUCAUGUUCCUUCUUAUCCCAAAAGAUGAUGUCAUUACUAAAUAUGAUGAUGUAUUGAUAUAUGAUAUGAGUGUAGGAUAAUAUUGUUUAAGUCUAAUCUUAAAAGAAUUGAAUCAUCUAGUACAGUCUAGCAUUUCAAUCACUAUUUUCAGAUAAUCCUGUUUUUGCUCACAGAAAAUAAAAUAUAAAUAUAUAGAAAUGUGAUUUCUUAA